AUGAGUGAGCCUCAAGUUGCCCCAUAUGGAGGGUUAUUAACUAAAACCUUGGACGAUGAAAAAGCUAGGGAAUCAAAGUUACAAGAACAAUGCAUUGAAGUGCAAGUGAAUAAUCAAACCGAAGUCUUGAGACCAGAAGCUUUACAUAUACGUGGAGUAGACAGCUUAUCUACGGAAGAUAUUAAGGCAUUUAUUGAUUACUACGUGAAUUAUACAGUUACCGAACAACAAGAACAGUUGGAAGGACAAGAUGAACCAGCAUCCAAGAUUGUAUACGAGCCAUUCCCAAUUGAUGAACAAAUUACAUUCCGUAUCCAAUGGAUCAAUGAUACGUCUGUCAAUGUAUCGUUUAAGACUAUGGAAGAUGCCCAUAGCGCAUUAAAAUCUAUUUCUAUAUCGUCGAAUCCUAAUAUUCAAGUAGAACUCAACGAAGAGCAAAAAAUCCAAGAUGCUAUUCAAGAGAGGGAAACAAAGCCUUAUGCUCCUAUAAUUGCGUUCCGUAAACAGCAAAACUUAUCUAAUAGAUUAGGUGUUGCAACUGAUGAUGAUAAGGAACAAAAUCCAGUGGAACAAGAUAACACUAUGGACGAGGACGAUACGUCCAUCGUUUUGUUUGUGAGACAGUCAUUCCAGUCUGAUAGAAAAGUCAAGAAUGCCAGUGCGUACUCGCGUUACUAUUUGUUGCAUGGAGAACCUGAAAGGAAGCCUCGUCAUCAUAAUAAAUACAGACUGAGAGAGUCACACCAUACUCGUCGUCGUGAACGCAAGCCUGACCAGGACCAGGAGGAAGAUUUGUUUGCGCAUAAGUUAAGACAGUCGAGACCUGUGAACGGCCGUAGAGGUAGAGAUAAUGAAGAGGAUCUUUUCCCAGGUAGAAGUAGAAGCAGGACGGCUAGUAGGGACAGAAGUAGAUCGCCUAUGAGAAUUGAUUAG